AACUAGAUAUAUGGAAAAGACGGCGAGGAUUAAAUGACACGCAUCGGUAAUUAUUUUGAUAACGAAAGAGGAAGUAAUAUUCAGCCUGCUCAAACAACUAUUCUUUGAAGAGAAAGGUGUACACAUCUGGAAGCUUUUCAAAGGAAUGACACGUAUCGACAAUUAUUUUAAAAACGAAGGAGGAAGUUAUAUUCAGCCUGAUUCCUUGAAAUCAAACUUGUACAUAUUGGGGACAAUCUAAAAAUGGCCGGAAACUCGUUAUUAGUCGCUGCAAUUGACUUCGGAACCACAUACUCUGGCUGGGCUUUUUCCUUCAAACAUGAGUUUGAAAGGGACGCUACCAAAGUAUCUGCGAAGAACUGGAGCGGGGGACAGCUGGUAUCACUCAAAGGACCCACAUGUGCGUUGAUAAAAUCAGACAAACAAACGCUAGAUAGUUUCGGAUAUGAAGCCGAGAGUAAAUAUGCUGAUCUAGCAACAGAUGGAGAGCAUGAGCCCUGGUACUUCUUUAAACGAUUCAAAAUGAAGCUCUUUGGACAGGGAUUUGGAAGAAAUCUUAUGUUGGAAGAUGCUAGUGGUAAAAAGUUAUUGGCUAAAACGGUAUUCUCGUUGUGCAUUAAAUAUCUGAAAGACGACCUUAUAAAACUGUCGGAGAGUCGUAUUGCUGGUGGUGGACUCCGGGAUGAAGACAUACACUGGGUUCUCACUGUGCCAGCCAUCUGGAACGAUGCAGCCAAACAGUUUAUGAGGGAAGCGGCACAGGAGGCUGGGAUUUUAGAAGACAAGCUAACCAUUGCCUUAGAACCGGAAGCAGCCAGCUUAUACUGUCGCCAUCUGCCGGUAGAAAAGUGUGGCAGUGAUAAAACAUCACUAUCAAAGUUUGGUCCCGGCAAAAGAUACCUUGUUCUAGAUGCUGGAGGUGGAACUGUGGACAUCACUGUACAUGAGGUUAUGAGUGGCGGCAAUCUUAAAGAACUUGACAAGGCCAGCGGAGGAGCAUGGGGAGGAGUACAAGUUGAUGACGCUUUCUUUCAAUUCCUGUCAGAAAUUGCAGGUUCUCUCGUGAUGACAAAAUUCAAAGACAUGCAUAUGGAAGAUUACAUUGACUUGUUUCGAGAUUUUGAGGUUAAGAAGCGUGAAAUUGGGCCCAAAAAAGAUACUAAAGUUACAUUCAGGAUGCCAACAGCACUAGCUGACUUGGUAAAGGAUAUGAGGAAUGAAACGUUACAGGAAACAAUAAAGAAGACAAAGUAUUCGAAUCAGGUGAAACUAGUGGGAGACAAAUUGCGAGUGGAUCCUGCUGUCGUGAAAGGAUUCUUUAAGCCGUCAGUAAACAGCAUAGUAAAACACGUGAAGGGUUUGCUACGAGAAAGUACCAACAGCGGGGUAGAAGCUGUCCUCAUGGUAGGCGGAUUUUCUGAAUCGCCGAUGUUACAAGAAACGGUUAGGAAUCAUUUUCCGGGCUUACGAAUAAUCAUCCCUGAUGAAGCAGGACUUGCUGUUCUCAAGGGGGCGGUUAUUUUUGGCCAUAGUCCAGCUACAAUCUCCCAACGAGUCAGCAAGUAUACUUACGGAACAGACAUCUCCCAGAAUUUUGAUCAAACCAAACAUGCUAUCUCGAGAAUGUCAAUAGCAUCCGAUGGUUCGCAAAUAUGUACGAAUAUUUUUUCUAAACUUGCAGAAGCUGGACAAACAUUGGUGGUAGGAGAACCCCAGGACGAACAAACGUACACCACUCUCUUAGAGGACCAAACCGCAAUGGGUAUGAAUAUUUAUGCUUCGACGUAUAAGAAUCCAGGUUUCAUAGAUGAUGUUGGUUGCCAAAAGAUUGGCACAUUCUCUGUUCCUGUUUCUGGUAGAGGUAAAGGUCGGGCGGUUACCGUGAAGAUGAUUUUUGGCGGAACUGAAAUUGAUGUCGAGUGCAAAGAGGUUGCAACAGGAAAUAUCACACACCUGAAAGUUGAUUUCCUGUCAUAGACAUAGCGAGUAAAGAGGUGUGCAUUACUAUUGUAUCAAUACUAUUGUGUCAGUUCUUUACACAAAACGCUAUUGCACACCACAAUGAUUUAAAAAAUCAAAAUUUGGAACGAUUGAAUUGCAUUUUGAUUAUACCCAUCAUGUACAAAUUUAAGUAUUGCUUUGUUGUUCUUACGCAGCACUUCAUACCGAUGGAAAAUGUACACAUAUCCACUAGAAUAUAUUGAUUUGUGUGAUGCUUAAAUAUCAUAUCAUCGUCACAAUCGAAAGAAAAUGUUUUCAUCCUAGAUGCUUUCGUUAUAAUUUGUUGCAGAUAUCGAGUAUUUGAAAUUGUUGCUAACAGUGCUAUGUGUAUAUAGAUUGUGAUACAAAAAGUGUAUUGGCAGUGUCACAGAUAUGCGGUAUUAAGAUGAAUUAUUCUAUACCUAUUUUAUCUAUCCAAUCGCGAACGUUCAUUUGCAACACGUGACCGUACACUAUAUUACGGUAUUUGGAUGCACGUGCGUACAAAAAUCCUGUAUUUUCUGUAUUUGGACGCACGCGCGUACAAAAAAUCCUGUAUUUUCUGUAUUUGGACGGUUCAACAGUCCCAUGUUAAACAAAUGAUAAAGCCAGAAACGCGUGAAAAUGUUCCGAAUGUAAAUCGGUUGAAGUAGGCGCUCUGUGUACAGAGUUUGAUUAUGCGUCUUGAAAUCUGGAUUUAAUUUUGGUUGUUUUUUUUGUUUGUUUACAACACACAAAAACGAUUCAAGGGAUAACAACGCUAUCUGAUUUAGAUAUUAAAACGUUCAUUACUAAAUACAGUAAAAAAGAUCAUCAGAUGUUGGAAUAUCUGAAACGUCGCUAAAAGAAACCGUUCCGGACGAAACCUAGAAAUUGGUGUCUGAAUAGCUACCUAGGCAUUUUUUGUUUAACGGUUAGAAACAAAAUGGAAAAGACUAUGAAUGGCAGCGGACAGGCGGUCAGCAUCCAAAACAUGUCUGCUCUAUAAUUCAGUUUUCGUCGGCUCUUCGCCAAACUUGCUGAGAAUGUUUUUGGGCAUUACAUCUCGGCCAGUUUCGAUAACCAGCCAAAUUGUACCAGGCACUCUUUGAUUAUAGUCCUUGAAUUACUCGAAAAACGGGGAAUUUAGCCUUGUCCGCUCUUUUAAGUCUAACAGUUUUCAUCCGAUCUUCACCAAACUUGCUGACAAUGUUUGUGGGCAUAAUAUCUGAGCCAAGUAUUAUUACCACCCAAAUCGUAGUGUUGUAAGGAGGUUGCACCUUAUACUCUUUUUAAUGAUGAUACGCAGAAAAAACAACAUUCAAUGAAUUACGUAUAUUACGUAUGAAGUGAAAUAAAUAUAGAAUAAAAAGGUUAUUUAAGGUCUAACAUUGUUCUGUAUAAUAAUUAUAUAUUUGCACUCGUACCAAGCCGGGGAAAAAAAGACAGGAAUACAAUAUUCAGUGAAACAUUUUUAAUUUAAAUUAUUAUUAUAGUAAGAUAAAAUAGAUAUAGAAUAAAAAGGUUAUUUAACAUUGUACUGUACAAUACGAGAUAUAUUUGGACUUGUACCCAGCUGAGAAAACCAUAUUGAACUCGCCUAGCGGCUCGUCCAAUAUGGUUUUCUCAGCUGGGUACUCGUCCAAAUAUAUCACCGUAUUGUACAGAACAAUGCUAAAUAACCUAAUAUUAUAUCAUUUUUUCUUGUGUUUAACGAAAUGAAAAUACAAUUUGUACAUAGAAAAGUAUUACAGGGUGAAUGUGAAUUAUUUCUUUAGAGAGAUAACCGGAAGUACAGAUUAAGGCGCAUUCUAUAUAUAAUAUGUUUAAUCGAAAUUAUUUGCAAGCGAUUUUUUGAGAAAACUUAAGUGUGAAACAUUGAAUUAUAUGCUUUAAUAAAAUGUUCAUAGAUAUGUAAUAUUGUAAAUAAAAUGCAAUGCAAUACCA